AUGUGUGUUGACUUCACCGAUCUCAACAAGGCUUGCCCGAAGGACCCGUAUCCUUUGGCCAAGAUUGAUCUGCUCAUUGAUGCGACCGCCGGUCAUCGCCAUCUCUCUUUUCUUGAUAUGUUCUCAGGGUACCACCAGAUCCCACUAAAGAAAGACGACCAAAAAUAUACUGCCUUCAUGACUCCGGUAGGAAAUUAUUGCUACAAGGUGAUGCCAUUCGGCCUCAAAAAUGCCGGAGCUACCUAUCAACGUAUGGUGGAUCGAGUCUUUGCCCGACAACUAGGUCGAAAUGUUGAAGCCUAUGUGGAUGACAUCCUAAUCAAAAGUGCAGAGACACAUGCACAUUUAGAAGAUCUACGCGAGACUUUUGAUACCCUACGAGGAUACAACUUACGCCUUAAUCCAAAAAAGUGCGUCUUCGGGGCCACCGCAGGGAAGUUUCUUGGAUUCAUGGUGACAAGACGUGGAAUCGAGGUUAACCCCAGGCAAAUUGAAGCGAUUCUCCAGAUGACAUCACCUACAAAGCAUAAAGAAGUACAGGUUCUAACAGGAAGGAUUGCGGCACUCAAUCGAUUCAUUUCACGAGCUGGGGAUCGGUGUGCCCCUUUCUUCAACACCAUAAAAGGAGCUGGAAAAACUUUUCAGUGGACUCCUGAAUGUGAGAAAGCUUUCACAGAACUUAAGGAGUACUUGGUGAAUCCCCCAAUACUCUCAUCUCCCGUCAACAACGAGACAUUGUACAUGUACUUUGCUGUCUCCUCCAAGGCUGUGAGUGUUGUACUCGUUCGCCGAGAUACAAACCAUACAGAGCAUCCUAUUUACUACACUUGUAAGACCCUGUUAGAUGCUGAAACAAGAUACUCUCCUGUGGAGAAAGCCGCCCUAGCUGUGGUGGUUGCCACUCGAAAGCUGCGUCCGUACUUCCAAAGCCACCCCAUAUGUAUACUCUCUCAACUUCCUUUACGUCGUCUACUUCAGCGGAUGGAUGUUGCUGGUAGAAUGGUGAACUGGGCCAUCGAGCUUAGUGAAUACGAUAUCACUUUCCUCCCUCGCACCGCCAUCAAGUCCCAGGUUUUAGCUGACUUUGUUGCAGAAGGUGUUCGAGCAUGUAUCCCACCAGAAACAGAGACUUGGAGAUUGUACGUUGAUGGUGCAUCUAGUAAAACUGGAUCAGGAGCAGGGGUUUUGCUCAUCAGCCCUCUCGGAGUCACUCAUGAAUUGACAAUUCGCUUUGCCAGCACCAUGACGAACAAUGCUACCGAGUAUGAAGCCCUCCUAGCGGGACUAAUUAUGGCUCAAGAAUUGGGCAUUCAACGAAUUAGGGUCCACUCCGACUCUGCCCUAGUUGUCAAUCAAGUGCAGGGGGCAUACGAGGUACGAGAGCCCACACUCGUACCAUACACCAAUGCCGCUCGUAUGGCACUCUCUGAGUUUCCUCAAGCGGAGAUAGUCCACAUAUCUCGUGAGGAUAAUCUUCAUGCAGACGCAUUAUCAAAACUUGCAACAGCACAAGACUUCCUCAGCGAGAGACAUGUGAUCAUUGAAAGGCGUCCAACAAUGUUAUGCGCCCAAGUUACCUCAUUUCCAGCACAAUCCGAUUGGCGAACACCUCUCAUCGAGUAUCUAAAAUAUGGGCUCCUGCCCGCUGACCAGAAGGAAGCCAUCCGCCUUAAGAGACGUGCUCCUCGUUACCUCUUGAUCGAGGGAGAUUUAUACAAGAAAGGCUUCACUGGACCCUACCUGCGGUGCCUUAGCAUUGGCGAAGCACACUUUGCCGUACAGGAGGUACAUGAAGGAUCAUGGGGGAUGCACGCUGGUACUCGUAGCUUGGAAAAAACCCUUCUACGACAAGGUUACUACUGGCCCACGAUGCGGCGGGACACUCAAAAGUAUGCUCAAGCAUGCCCCAAAUGUCAGGUGGCCGCGCAAACCACUCAUGCACCUCCAUCAAAAAUGCAGGUUAACAUCGGGCCAUGGCCAUUCGCUCAAUGGGGGAUGGACUUUUUGGGACCCUUUCCCAUGGCUCCCGGACGAAAGAAAUGGUUGAUCGUAGCCAUUGAUUAUUUUACCAAGUGGAUUGAGGCUGAGGCGAUCGCUAGCCUAUCCACUCAGAAAGUUGAAAAGUUUUUAUGGCUAAACAUCUUAUGCAGGUUCAGUCUCCCUCACACUCUAAUCAUGGAUCAAGGGACACAAUUCACAAGCGAAGAUUUACAGGCCUACUGCGCCCAAUAUGGAAUCUUACUUCGAUAUGCCUCAGUGGCCUAUCCUCAAGCUAACGGUCACGCUGAGGCUGCUAACAAAAGCAUCCUAUGGGGCCUAAAAACCAGAUUAGGCCAGGCCAAGGGUCGAUGGGUCGAGGAGCUGCCCCAUGUGCUUUGGGCCCACCGGACAACUUACAAGACUUCCACUGGGGAGACACCAUAUGCCUUGACUUAUGGCACCGAUGCUGUGCUGCCAAUUGAAAUGGAGCUCUCCUCUUACAGAAUCCAAGCAUUCCACCCUGAUGAAAAUCAAAUCGAGCUCACUCAUGAUGUACAUCUCAUCGAGGAGCGUCGAGAGGAAGCACUUUUGCGACUCGCCGCUUCCAAAGAGAGGAUCGCGCGUUACUACAACGCCAAGGUGAGAAAUCGACCCAUCAGGGAAGGGGAGUGGGUUCUGAGGAGAAACUUCAAACACAUUCCAAGUCAAGGAAAGUUCACCCCCCAGUGGGAGGGUCCUUACAAAGUGCGUAAAGUGGUCGGACCAAAUACUGUAAAACUAUCACUCCCUGAUGGUCAAGACAUGUCAAGGACUUGGAACACAAUGCAUCUAAGGAGAUACUUUACUCCAUAA